GUUGAGGAAAAGUUUUGCACUUCCUGGAUACUGUUCGAGUGUUUGGAUUUCCUCGGGGAGAUGUGUUUUGGGGAGACAAAAAGCACAACCUGAAUAAAUUGAACCAAACCCUCCAUCAAAAUGAGUUGGAUUCCCUUCAAGAUUGGACAACCGAAAAAACAAAUUGUUUCCAAAACGGUUGAAAGGGACUUUGAGAGAGAAUAUGACAAGCUCCAAAAGCUGGAGGAUCAGACGAAGAAGCUUCACAAGGACAUGAAGAAGAGCACUGAGGCGGAUGUAGCGAUGUCCAAGGCGGCGGUGAAGAUCUCGGGAGACCUGCUGAGCAACCCCCUCUGCGAGCAGGACCAGUCCUUCCUGGACUUCAUGGCGGCUCUGGACACGGCCAUGAAGAGAAUGGACGCCUUCAACCAGGAGAAGGUGAACCAGAUCCAGAAGACUGUCAUUGACCCCCUGAAAAAGUACAGCAGUGUGUUCCCCAGUCUGAACAUGGCGGUGAAGCGGCGGGAGCAGGCCCUCCAGGACUACAAGAGGCUGCAGGCCAAGGUGGAGAAGUACGAGGAGAAGGAGAAGACGGGGCCCAUCAUGGUCAAGCUGCAUCAGGCCCGAGAGGAACUGCGGCCGGUGAGAGACGACUUUGACGCCAAGAACAAGCAGCUCCUAGACGAGAUGCCCAAAUUCUACCACAGCCGCAUCGACUACUUCCAGCCCAGCUUCGAGGCUCUCAUUCGCGCUCAGGUGGUGUACUUCUCUGAAAUGCACAAGAUUUUCAGUGACCUGACGGAUCAGAUAGACCAAGCGGGCCUCACGGAUGAGCAGAGGGAGAGGGAGAAUGAGGCCAAACUGACCGAGCUGCGCGCACUGUCCAUCGUCGCGGAUGACUGAGGAGAAAUCGGUGGAAGCGCGUCUUGACUCCCCCCCCCCCCCC